AACGCAUGCAAUGGGUCGAUGAAUGACAACAUGAAACGGGACAACAGAGACGAGUCCAUUGUACUGUAUACAAGUAGAACGUGAGUUUUCAGUAAACAAAAAAGUAAAAAAUGGGCGCCACGGCCUCGUGUAAGAAAUCCACAGGCCCAGGCUAUUCCGAUGGUGACGAUGCUGUCUACCGCAAAUGCCAAGAGCUAAAGAUGGAACGCUGGAUACAAAUGCACUACCAGAUCAAGCAGCGGGAACAGGCGCUGGCCAUUGCCCAGCAUAGGGAGCUCUUCUACUGGUUGAGUGGCUUUUACUUAACCGCCUUAUACGGAUGUGCCAGCUACUACCAACGGGUGAAACGAGCCUCAGCAUUGGCGCCUCUGCUGCCGCUUACCUUUGUGAUGGGCUACUACACUGACUGGGCUUAUGGCAGCAAGCUACAUCGCAUUCAGGCUGAAGCAAAUAUGAUAAUGGAACAUGAAGAAGAAUUGCUGCAUUGGCCAGGUGGACUUCCCACUGUCUCUAGCAUUGACGAAGCUCGCGUUGAAGUUGAGAUGGAAAAGAAGAUGCAUCCGCAUCACAUGUAGACACCGAUCUCGCGGUUGGUCUGUCUGCCUGCCUGACUCAAUAUUAACAUAAUUGUACUCCAUAUGUACAAGUGUUUCAACAAAUUUAUAUUAACUCGUAUAUUUAUAUUGCUAUUACGAGUGUACUUCGCUUGUGUAACAAUUUGAUGCUCAACAAUAAUUCCGUUAAGAAUGUAACUCAAUUUUUUUAAUAUAUAAGUCCAAAAUCGAUGAAUUAAUUGUCUCUUUCACCAACAAAUAGUUUGAGGGGUUUUCGGUAGUGGACUAUAUUUAAUUACAUAUAAUAUCAUGUUAUCCAUAAAGACACCAAUCGCAAUGUGUAGUGUGGCCGAAGUUAAAAGUUAAAGGAAUCACCUGAAAUACCUGAAAUAUCAAAAUGAAAGUCCUGUAAUUCAUAGCAGAAGUCAAAUUUCUGGCAGCACAUCCUUUGUCUAAAGCAUUAUUUCGAAACGCAAAAUCCAGUUGUGAUCUUGGUUCAAAUAUGCAUUUGAAAAGCAGGGAGAGAGAGAAAGCAUUUGGUUCGACUUACCUUCAAAAAGGGAUAAGAUUAAAAAGAGUCAAGUAUUCGGCUAAGUAUGUAUUUAUGUGUGGGGUAUAAAAAAGUAAUUGUCGCAUAACCAAAAAAUGCGCCCAGUUAUUGAUAUUUGUAUAUAAAAAUGCAAGGUACGAUCAACUCAAGUCAAUAGUCGACAUGUGCGUCAUCCAGUAAGUUAUGCUCGAUAAGAGCCCGACUCUCCUUUUUAAAGUGAGCCUCACAGAACUCAGCGAUUCGGACGCAAGCUUCCUCGAUCAUAGUCGAUGGUACCGUAAGAACAAUGCGCACGUAACCCGGAUACUCGAAACAGCUGCCAGGAAGACAAAAGACGCUCUGCUCGUUAACCAGCUCCUGUACAAAAUGUGUGUCGUCCUUGAAUUCCGGAAAACGUUCAAUGCAGACCCCAAUCAUCAUGUACAUGGCUCCGUUUGGCAUUAUCGGGUUUAUACCGCGCACUUGCUUCAACAAUUUGUAUGCCAAUUGGGCAUUCGACUGCGCGAAACCAAACUCAAAUUAACCAGAAACAAUCAUGAUAUUCACAAAUAGAGAACUCACGUGAAGCACAUCAAUUACUCCGUCAAAGUAGCUCUGCGGUGUCUUGGUUAAAAUAUCAGGCAAUGCGCCCUGAAUGAUCGUAUUGGAGCCAAGGAUUCGACCGCACAUAUUCUUGAGACCCGUCAGUGCGUUCCCCAGUCGCUUAUGCUGAUCGUGCACUAUAAUCCAGCCCAUACGCCAA